AUGAUGGAUCCAGGUUCACUUCCAUUGCCAUCAGAAGAGAGGUACAAGGAGUUUGAAGAAAGAUCAGAUUGUCAAGAAACUCAAGGGAGGGCAAAAUGUAACCACGACAUAAAAACAAAAGUGAGGUGGGCCUUAGAAGUAGGAAACAGGAAGAAGUGGUUGAAUGAUAUGACCUUGGCCAAGAAGAUUGUGCGUAACUGCUCUUAUGCAUGUAUGGUAGACACGAGUGACGAGGAUUAUUAUAAACCGUGUCAUUUUCUGUAUUACUGGAUAAGUAGAGAAGUGAAGAAAGGGGUACAGAACCCUACCACAUUUCAGACUGUUAUGAAUGCAAUGUUCACGCACCUGGGAAGAGCUAAAUUUUGGAGUGGAUGCACGAACGUGUGCACUAAUUUAUACAAUGAUAAUAUGAGUUUAAACAUAUUCAAUUGGAGUAAUACACUAUUCGACUAUGAAUAUAACUAUAAUUAUAUAAUAAAAAAUCAGAGGAGUAAUGAUUACUGCUCCAGUGCAAAGUAUACCGGUCAGUUGACCAAAGCUAAGGAGGCAUAUUCCGGGUUAUGUAAGAACUGUGGGAGUAGUGGUGAUAAGUAUUGUGAAGAAUUUAAAGGAAGAUAUAUGAAGAAUGGGGUGUGCAACCCAGAGGAACUACCAAAAAUAACAUGCCCCAAGGAGGAGAAGACACUAUCGGACAGUGAUUCAGAAGAACAAUCUGACGAUGAUGGAACAGGGCCGGAAGGAAUAUUAGGGGAGGAAGAGGAGUUGGACGCCUUAAAAUCAAAAUUACCAUACUAUGAAAAAUUAGAUAAUGGCUCAACGGGUUGUGGCAAUGAUAGUAGUAAUAUUGUGACAGUAAUAGAGAAUACAAUAAAUUCAUAUACUGCUGUUAGGAAGAAUGCAGAAGAAAUCGUAAGUGCCUGGUGUUAUACGUACGACAUGAAAAAUAAGGGUACCCCCCAUAAUAAUUAUUGUGAUUUCUUGUACUAUUGGAUAGGGAGUACAGUUCUCAACGGUCAGUGGAAUGUUUACGAAUUAGGGAAACUUAUGGGAGAAAUUUACCAAAAAUUGACACAGUGGAAGGCUAUAUUGGGGUGUAAUAACAUGUACACAAAUAUUCGGAAGGAAACUUUCAAUCAUAGAAAGGAAGUAUUUGAGCACUUUCAAAAAUAUAAAAUUAUGAAAACACAAUUAACAAAAAGGAUGGGGGGUUCGUCUAGUAAUAUGCGCAAAUGUACGAAAGCUUAUGACACCUAUCUGAAAGAAGUGAUUAAAGCUCUGGGAGAUGAGUACACUAAAUGUAAUGCAGCAGAUAAGAAGAAUGCUAAUGAUCCAUAUUGUAUCCAUUUCUUAGCAAUGUGUAAAGAAUGCAAUCCUAAAGACCUGUCCAAUUUGAAAUGUGAAGUACCAAAGGAACUUGAACACCAAACUACCCAAACUUCUCAAACUCAGAGUCAGGCGUCUUCAGCGGGAAUAGACGGUUCUACACCCAGCACAGCAGAUCCAACAAUUCCUGCAGCCGUUAUGUCUGGUGGACUUGCUACAAUUGGAAUACCCGCCAUCGCUUUUUUUUUAUAUAAAGUAAUAACUAGAAAAAAUAUGUGCUCCAUGAAAGAAGAAGGAACAGUGGAAACGGAAGAAAGAAAAGAAGAUCAACCACUGGACGUCACAAAUUUGACGAGGACACACUCACAGAAGAUGACGACGCCUUAA